AUGGACACCCCAAGCUUGGGGCAAACCCUCAACCGCAAGGACUCGCAGGCGACGCUCAUCUCCCUCCUCCAGCUCGACCCUUACCCCAUUGACUCGCCAUCACCCUCCACCGCCGCCGAGGAAACCAGCUUCUCCGACGUCGAUGAAAAUACCGCAGCACACGACAACCAUGGCAGCAGCGAGCCUGCCGCAGCCGGCACAGCGACAAGCCAUCUGGGCCUAAGCAGCGGCCGCAGCUCGAUAUACUACCGAGCAAAAGUCACCCGUAUCCAGAAGUACUCGUCCUACGCAACGGGCAUCUUCACGGCCUUGCACCUCGUCAACGUGUCCCUGAUCCCGGCGGUGACGCAGUCCGUCGCCGGCUCAGAAACCUACCUCCUCAUGACGCGCGAGCUGUACCAGACGUCCGUCGCUGAGCCGGUCCUCGUCGCACUCCCCGUUGCCCUACACGUCGCCUCUGGCCUGGCCCUGCGCCUCCUCCGGCGCUGGCACAACAUGAAGCGCUACGGGGGCGGCACGCCCGGCAUGCACGCGCUGCACGCGAUGCGCGAGGCCCUGUCCGGCAAGUCCGGCGAGUCUGGCGGCAGGCCGGUGCGACUGUGGCCGCCACUGUCGUACAUCUCCAUCUCCGGGUAUGCGCUGACGCUGUUCUAUGGCGCGCACGUCUUCGUCAACAGGGUCCUGCCGCUCGCCGUGGAAGGGAACAGUUCGAACAUUGGGCUGGCGUAUGUUGCGCACGGGUUUGCCAGACACCCGGUCAUGUCGGGGCUUGCAUACGUGGGCCUGCUGGCCACAGCGGGCGGACACAUGGUUUGGGGAGCGGCACGGUGGUUUGGCAUGGCGCCGUCGACGCAGGGCUGGAGAGGCAAGGCGAGCGUUGGCGUGGACAAGACGACGAGGACACGGCGGAUGAGGAAGUGGUUGGCCCUUCACGGGCUCGCGGUUGGGUUUGCGGCUCUGUGGGCGAUUGGGGGGUUGGGAGUGCUUGCGAGGGGAGGACCGGCGGAUGGCUGGGUUGCGAGCGUCUACGACGGACUAUUUGAACGUGUGGGGAUGUGA